AUGAACAAGCUCAUAAGUGACCUCAGCCGCGGCCGUCACAGUCGUGCCUCCCCCGCCCGGAACGGCGAUGGUAACGGCAUAUCCUGCCCCGCCAGCAUGGCCCUGAAGUUGCGACUGGCAUGCCUCGUGGUUGGCAUCGCACUGCCUGGCAGCGGCCGAGCAGUGCUCCCUGUUGGCAAAGUAGGUGGCGACAUAGGGGAACGAGAAGAAGUUGUUCGCGACGUAGGACACGGCGGUCGUGGCUGCCGGGACGGGGGUGACGAAGCUUGCGGGUGCGGUGCCGGUACAUAUAGCGCUGAUGCGACGAAGAGGGAGAGGAGGGCCAAUGGUUAGCUACACAAUUUUCCAUUCUGUGGAAGAUGCCUUCUUGGUGUAGGGAACGUUUAUCUCACCCAGCUGGACAGCACGCCGGCUCAUUGUUAGCGUCUAGGCCGCAUGUCUGUCCGUUUUGACAACAGACGCCGUUGAAUGCGGGACCUUGAUUCGCGCAACUGUAAAAGUUGGAGAGGCAUCCUUGCUGCCGCUUUGCGACAAUGGCGGCUGUCUCAGCAGGCUGGAACGGCUGGAGGUUGGCGCAAACAGAGCAUGCUGCAGUGAGGGCCAGCAGUAGCGUGCUCAAGGGCGCUGGUAGGCAAGCGGAUCGUCUGGUCCUCAUAUUUGGGUUGGAGGACGGUUAUCUGCUGGACACCCCUUGUGCUGAUGGCUGAUUGCCGAGAGGGGGCUAGAUGUGGUGGUCCGGUCCUCUUGGAUAUGUAGUACGUGACGGUGGGGUCCUGUAUGACCGAGUUUGAGUAUAUCCAGAUACAAUGAAAUCAAUGGAUUCACUCGACAAACUGAGCCGAUAGGCA